AUGAUUCCCGCAGCUAAAGCGGAAACAUCUCUUGGCCUUCUUCCUUCACCCGAUAUACCUGGUAUUCCAAAAGAAGGAGAUGAUUAUUCAAAGUUGUUGGCUUACUCUUUAUAUUUCUAUGAAGCACAAAGGAGCGGAUACUUGCCUGAAAAUAAUCGAGUUUCUUGGAGACAUGAUUCCGCGCUCGAUGACGGGAAAGAUAGAGGCAUAAACUUAACUGGGGGUUACUAUGAUGCAGGUGAUUACGUAAAGUUUGCUUUACCAUUGUCAUGGGUAUUAUCUCUCACUUCAUGGGGUGCAAUCGAAUGGUUUGAAGGAUAUAAACUUUCAAAUCAAACUGAAUAUCUUCGUGAAAUGAUUAAAUGGGGAACUGAUUGGUUAAUAGCCGCUCAUCCCCAACCUAAUCAACUAUUCAUUCAAGUUGGUUCAAGUCUAAUCGAUAAUUCAUAUUGGGGUCCUGAUACUAAUAUUCCAAAACCACGUCCUGCUUAUGAUAUUAAUGCGACAUUACAUGGUACUGAUGUCGCCUCAGAAGCAGCUGCAGCUUUUGCUUCCACGGCAAUUUUAUUUCGUGACUUUUUUAAUGAUACUGAUUACGCCAGCACAUUAAUAUCUCAUGCUAUAAACGUUUAUACUUUUGCCGAAAAUCAAACCUUAAAAUUAUCUUCAUCAUCUAUCCCUGGAUCUUUUGGAUAUAGUACUUCAACAUACACCGAUAAAUUAGUUUAUGGAGCCAUUUGGUUAUAUAAAGCUACUAAUCAAACUCAAUACUUAAACAAGGCAAUAAAUUAUUAUAGACAAUUCCAAUUACAAAAUAGUCUAAGAAUUAUGUCAUGGGAUGAUCAAACAGGUGCUUGUAAUAUCUUACUUGCUCAGAUAUACCAUGGUAAAUCAAAAGAAAAUUACACUAUUUGGAGUAAUGAAACUGAACGUUACUUGGAUAGAAUAAUGACAAAUCAAAGUAAUUGUAAUUUGACAAACGGUGGACUUUUAUGGUGUAAAGGUGAUAGUGGAGCAGCUUCAAUACCAAUUUCUCUUUACGGUGCCUUUGGAUUUUUUAUGUAUUCUUCUUAUACAUCUACCACAGAAAAAGUUAAUGCUUAUAUAAAUUUUGCUACUUCACAAAUUGAUUAUUUAUUCGGUGCUAAUCCUAUGAAAAGAUUUUAUGUUGUGGAUGUUCAUCCAAAUUCUCCUAAAAAUCCUCAUCAUGCUGGUGCGCAUGGAGGAACAAAUAUUGGAAACUUGAAUGAUCCACCAGAAACGAUGCAUCCUUUAUAUGGUGCUAUUGUAGGUGGUCCGAAUAUAAAUGAUUCAUAUGAUGACUCAAGAACAAAUAUUGUUCAAUCUGAGGUUGCACUUGAUUAUAAUUCCGCAUUUCAAGGAAUAAUGGCAUACUACGUAAUUAAAACAUACGUUUCACCAACUCCGUCAAAUCCGAACGAACCAAUAAUUCCAAAUUCUACCUCAUCAUUAACUCAGCAACAAAAAAUUAUAAUAAUAGUUGCUAGUUUAAGUUUUCUUAUCCUAUUAAUAUUUAUUUCGGUCAUAAUGGCACGCAAGUAUAAAGGAUUUGAAUUUUACAAAGGAAAGAUUCAAAAACAUCCUGAAGAAAAUAAUCAAGAUAGAAAAUCAAUAGAUUAUUUUGAAAAAUAUUAUCAAGAUACGGAAUGUGAAACAAUAAAGAAUUCUGAACAAGAAAAUAUUUCUUCUAGUGAUACUGUAGUAGAUUCUUCUGAUGAUGCUGUAAUAGAUUCUUCAAAUGAUACUGUAAUAGAUAUUGAGUAG